ACCUGAGCUGCUGCGAUGACAUGAGCCAACCAGCAUGGUGUCUACGGGGCUUAAAUCUCUGUGGAUAAUUGGAGGAAGAAACACUACACCACUAUCGAGAGAUGGAGAAUCAUUCUGAAGCCGGUUUCAGACCAGAGUCGACAUGGAGAGAAGAUUCGCUGCGACCUUCCUGCUUUUGCUACCUCUUCUGAGCGUCGACUGCGUCUCCAAUCAGAAAACCACAGUCUCCUGGUGUGUGCUAUCGGACGCCGAGGAGCAGAAGUGCCUGGAUUUAGCCGGCAAUGCCACGGCCAGGAAUGUGAGGGGAUCGCUGAUGUGUGUCCGCGGACUGAGCACCAGAGACUGCAUGGAGAAAAUCAAGAACGGCACAGCAGAUGCAGCUUCGAUGUUUGCAGAUGAUAUCUAUGCUGCGGGUCUCUGCCAUGGCCUGGCGCUUGCAGCAGGAGAGUCUCAUAAUGGAGUAGACGGAAUCAGCUACUAUGUGGUGGCAAUGGCCCGGCGCUCCUCUUCAGACCUGUCCUUGCUGGAGAUGCAUGAGCGCAGCUCCUGUCACCCCGGCAUCCGCACCACUGUGGGCUGGACGGUUCCCAUCGGCUACUUGGUGAACACGUCCCAAAUCAGCGUAGGAGAGCAGUGCAAUUUCCCCAAAGUGGUGGGGAACUUCUUUGGUUACAGCUGUGUGCCCGGCAUUAAGGAUCCUCUGCAUGAUCCCAGAGGCAACAACCCGAAGAACCUCUGCGAGGCUUGCAUAGGAGACGAGAACGACAGACACAUCUGUGCCAACAAUCACAGGGAGAGACAUUACGGAGAGGCAGGGGCCCUGAGGUGUGUUGCUGAGAACCUCGGUGAUGUUGCAUUUGUCAAACACACAACAGUCUUCGACAAUUCAGAUGGCAAGAAUCAGGAAUCCUGGGCCUUGGACUUGGAGCUGGACGACCUCAAGCUGCUGUGUCCGGACGGGACAGAGGCGGGUCUGGAUGAGUAUCUGCGGUGCCACCUGUCAGACAUCCCCGCCAACGGCGUCGUGGUGCGCGUGGAGGACAAGUGCCGCGUCUGGAAAUACCUGGAGCGUUUACAGAAUGUGUUUGGCAACGCCACCGAGGGCUUCAGCCUGUUCAGCUCGGCGGGCUACGGCCAAUCCGAUCUGCUGUUCAGCGACGCUACCCACCACCUGCAGAGAGUUCUGGGUAGUUACACCUCUUGGCUGGGCCCCAGUUACACCGCCAUACUGCAGGCCUUCGAGUGUGAGGGCUUCUGCUGAUGGAAGAGGGGGAAGAUACCCAGCGCAUCAACUUCCACCCCAUCCUGCUGUCUCCAAGCUAGUGUUCUGCCUUCCCGCCCUGCCAUCUGUGCCCCUCUGCUUUAACACCAUUUUCUUUUUUUUUUUCCUAUUGCUCUGCAUUUUAUAUUUGUUUUGUUCCUGAAUUUCGCCACCCAUCUCUCUCAUUUUAGUCAUUGUCCUUCACUAACUUGGUGUGUUGUCCAACAAAGCCAAAAACCGGCUAAUCAACUUUUAAAAACUCUGUAAAACAAGAUGGGGGGGGGGGGGGAGGGGAACAAAAUAUAACACAAUUGGGUAAAAAUACAUGAUAAUAAUGUAGAAUGUAAUAGUUAUGGUACCCGUGGUAAUUACAGAUGAUUUCUCUUCAUUUUUUAAAUCAAAAGUUCAAACAGUAACCAUUGAGUUUGACCCUCAGAAACCAUCUGAACACCUUAAAAACAUCCUGCCAAACUGUUUCACUCCUGUGUGUCUGCUGGGGAAUUACAGCCUUCUUAGUCCAAAGCUUCAGCACCACCACCCUCCCACCUCCUUCUCACAGGGUCCGCCUCUGGCACUGAACAACUGGGUGCUAUUAACGUUGACAUUAGGAGUCUCAGUUACUGUAUCAGUGUGUGUGUGUGUGUGUGUGUGUGUGUGUGUGUGUGUGUGUGUGUGUGGGAUUGAGAGAAGUACGCACUCUUUCCCACAGCCAUUAUUGCCCUAAUUGGCAGUAUGGUGUAUUUUAUAUCGCUGGUGUGUGACAGGAAGAAAUGUGUGUGUGUGUGUGUGUGUGUUUAUGUGUAGAGUUGCUUCUCUCCCAUGGCUUGUGUAGCUCGCCGUUUUGGAUCAGCGCUUUCUCACGUCUGGCAUGGUGGGCCGCACCGUGCCAGCACACUGUGUAUUGUAACGCUAUGCAAUUUGGAGGGAGAACGUUGAGGCUUGCGUCGCCUCUAUUGCCCCGUUAGGGAUUCUUGACUGAAAUAAAUUUUUUCAUUACUUCGCA